UUGUCAUGUGACCAGGAAUUGGCUGCAAUUUCGCCCAUAGUCUUCAGUUUAGUAGACCAAGGUCCCCAUACGCUAGUAAUAUCACCAAUAUACACAAUUAUUAAAGCCUGAAAAUACGGGAUAGCGGGGAGCUAAUAAUCACGCGUUUUUAUUUUUAUUUUACUCGUUUUGAUCUCGCCGUCCGUCUGUGGACCAGGAUAAGCUAUGAAUUUUGAAUUUGAGAGGGAGAUUGGGUUCAUAAACAGCCAGCCUUCCCUUGCAGAGUGCCUGACGUCUUUUCCCGCUGUCCUGGAGUCAUUUCAAACUUCAUCAAUCAAGGACUCGACAGUAAUUCCUCCUCCUUUCGAGCACACCAUCCCCAGCCUGAGUCCCUGCACAAGCAGCCAGGCGCGACCGAGGAACCAAAAGCGAACCUCCAAUGGCCUCCAGCUUCGGACGCCACAGCCGCAACAGGGCCCAGCCCCGCCGGCGAGCGCGGCUGGCCCGCUGACACACGAGUUCCCCUGGAUGAAAGAGAAGAAAUCCUCGAAAAAGGGACCCAAAUCUGGGAAUGCCACGGUAGCCUCCUCUUCUCCCUCUCCUGCAUCCUCCGGGUACGCCACUGCAGGACUUGAAUCACCGACAGAGGCGCAGGGUGGAUUGGACAGCGGAAGCGGAUCCCGGAGGCUGAGGACUGCCUACACCAACACGCAGCUACUGGAGCUGGAGAAGGAGUUCCACUUCAACAAAUAUCUCUGUCGGCCCCGACGGGUGGAGAUAGCUGCCCUUCUGGAUCUAACCGAGAGACAGGUCAAAGUGUGGUUCCAGAACCGGAGGAUGAAGCACAAGCGACAAACGACACACCACAGGGAAGGCCAAGAGGGCGACCCCGGCGGGUUCGAGCCCCUGGAAGGUGCUGAUGCUUCCUCGCCUUACUCGAGCCAGCCACUGGAAGCCUCGGGCUCGGCUGCGUCCGAGGAAGAGACGUGUAAUUCGGCAGCCUCCUACACGAACAGCAGUGACAAUAACCAGCCCACGCCUGAGGAGGGCCAGCUGAGCUGCCAGGAGCCCGCAUCAGUCUCUGACACAACAGUGCGGUCGACUCCGUUCCCAACGCCCACUGCAGAUAACCCCGCAACAAUGGGCAACGGUGGCGCAUCUGGCCCGGAUCAUUCUUUUUCAGAGCAGCAGGACGCCUCCUCCCUGCCCGAUUUGAAUUUCUUUUCUGCUGAUUCCUGCCUCCAGAUUUCUGACGCUUUAUCGCCCAGCUUGCAGAGCUCACUCGACAGCCCGGUAGAUUUCUCCGAGGCAGACUUUGACUUAUUUACGAGCACACUUUGUACAAUAGAUUUACAACAUUUACAGUUCUAACAACAAGAAUAGUGCAGAGCAAUCGAAUUAAGGAGAAUGUCCCAACGUCUUACAAUGGUAUGAAUGCUUCUCGGCAACAGUCCUGAAACACACUUAUGAAAAAGAUUCCUGGGUUUAUUUUGAAGAUAACAUAGAACCUGAGAUAGCAAAGGAGCUAUUAUGUUCUUUCCUGGCAUUAUAAUUUUGGUUUACUCCAUCGAAAUCACAUACGGAUUUCCCCUUGUUCAAAUUUCAGGUAUUUAUUGCCUUCUUGUUUUCUGACAGUAUUAAUUGGCAGUUACAGUGAAAUACUAUACUGUCUCCUUAAUGUUUCAAAACUGUUCAGUGCAGCUCAAUCUUUUAAUUCUCAGGAAAUUUAGGCCUAUCAGAUAUAUAAGCCUAAAGGAUAGUUGAACUGCUUUUAGAAAUUCUCUCGAGACGGGCGUUGUGAACCUGUUGAUGAGGUUUAGAACUAGUUUAUUUAUUGAGAUUCUUUAAUAGUAAAUUUCAAAUUAUUUAUUGUACAUUAUUUUCAUAGUUGAAAUAAAAACAAACUUUUAUAAUGUGG